UUUAAACCAAUUGUAAAAAAUUUUCGCCAAUAAAAUGAAUUUGCCAGUCAAUAAUCGUUUAGUUUUGAGUCAAGUGCUAGAGAACCAACAUCUUGAAUGAAAAUGUUCUUACAGUUCAAAGUCACCGGAUUGGUUAAAGAAAUCUGCUUCUCAUUCAUAACCUUAUUAGGUUAUUUAUUCAUUGGAAUCAACAGGAGCUUCAUUGCUUUCCUAUUUCAUCAGUUAGAAAAACCUGAUUCUGAGAUCAAAAUCAAUGAUGAUCAAAAAUCGUGGAUUGCGAGCUUUGUUGUAUUGCUCAGUCCAUUGGGAUGUUUGUUUUCUGGGGUGGUUAUGGAUGUACUGGGAAGAAAGUUGUAUAUGCAGAUGAUCUUUGUUCCUUUUGUGAUUUCAUGGUGCAUUAUAUCAUUCGCCAGUAAUAUUGAGAUGCUUUAUACUGGAGUCAUUGUACAAAGCGUUGGAGGAGGUAUGGCCUCAGCAGUUGCAGCCUACAUUUCAGAAAUCGCAACAGCCGAUAAUCGAGGAGCUUUGCUAUCCACCAUAGAGAUCACAUACUCCAUUGGCAUAGUAAUCAGUAACUCGCUCAUGUACUUGCUACCCUGGAAACUCGUCGCCUUAAUUCUUGCUUUGUUCUCAGCAGUAGCCUUGGGUCUCACGUUCCUCCUACCCGAAUCGCCAAUCUGGUUAUACUCCAAAGGCCAAAAAGAAAAAUCCAUCCAGGUCCUUGAAUCAUUACGAUGUUGCGACCAAUCUCAGAUAGAAUCUGAAAUCCAAGAUAUGGAUCAAGCUUGCAACUCGUCAAGGCCAAAGCUAACUAUUAAAAAUACUCUUCUAGGCUGCAUCAGGGCAUGGAAACCAUUCCUUUUAGCCUUCUCUUUAUUCGUACUCAUGCAAAAUACCGGAUAUACUCAAUUAAUUGCGUACGCCAUGAUGAUCAUAGAGCGAUUAAAAUUACCUUUUCAGAGCACUAAUAUAGCAUUACUAUAUUCUGCUUCUGGUUUCAUCGCCAGCUUUCUCACUCCGUUCACGAUGCAUCACUUCAAUCGUAAAACUGCCUUAACUGCAUCGGCAAUAGGAAUGACACUCAGUUUAGUAUGUGUAGCUUUAUAUGAAGAAUUUUUCCACGAUGAGCUGGUUAAACCUAUGGCUUGGAUCGUGCCUCUGGCCUUGUGUAUUCAUGUUUUCAGCUGUGUUCUCGGAUUACUUCCGAUAACCUUUAUUAUAACAGGGGAAAUAUUCCCUUUGGACGUCAGGGGUACACUGAAUGGUGUAUACGGAGUAGCGGCGUACAUUUAUUAUGCUGCAUUUUUCAAACUCUUUCCUCAAUUUUUAUUCAAUUUUGGGGUGAAAUUCCUUUUCUGGACGUACACCGCAUUUGGCCUCGUAAUCGUUCUCUUUGGUAUUUUCUUACUACCAGAAACUAGAGGCAUUACAUUAAACGAGGUGCAGCGAAAGUAUUUUAGUAAAAGUUCUGAAAAGAAAGAGCAGGCGUGAUUUAGGGUUCUAAUUUCUCAAGUGAGGACUCAAUAUCUAUCACACAUGACUCGAAAAUGAAUUGAAAAUACUCUAUAUGAACUUCAGAUGAUUAGAAUUAGAUUUUAUAUACAUAGUAGAUACCUACUAGAUACUCGUGCAUAGGUGAGUAGAUAUGUGUACAAGACUGAUAAAUUUACCUGAUUUUUGAUUUAUCUGUGUAUUGUAUAAGUAAGAUACCUAAUAAAUUUUUAAAAUUUGGAAAAA